GAACAAUAAUUAUUGGUAAAUGUUAAACUCACAUAAAUUCAGAUUUGGAAAAUAGUCUAAAUCCAGUCGUGCUGACCUCAUAUUCUGGAUUUCUUUCUGCACAUAAAAGUUUCUCUAUGGGUCGCCAAUAGGAGAAUACUUUUUUCCAAAGAAAACAUAUUGUUAAAUGCUAUUUUGUUUUUUAUGAGUGCUGGGUAUACUGUGUGUGUGAGCUUCACUUUGUCUAUGGACUUAUCUUGUAAUAUGAUUUAUUACUUUUUAUAUACAAUUACUGUUCGUGUUGUAAUUUCUGGAAACAUUUAAAUAUUUUUGCAACAAAUUAAAUUUUAUGUUUUAGUGUAAGACGACGAGAAUGUGUUUAUUAAAGUCUCUCAUGUGAUUGUUGUGUGGAGAGGCUCGUAUGGUGUAGGGCAUCAGCUGUUGUGAUGGUGUAAAGAUGUCCAACGUUGCUGAACAGAUUCACCUUUAUCAGCGGAAAUUAGAAAAAUAUGCCAAAGGCAAGGAGACUGAUAAGUUACUCUACUACAUUCACAAACUGAAAUAUUUAGAUGUGACUGUCAGCCACUUAGAAGUUACUGGUGUUGGCCGCUCAGUUAAUUCCCUCCGUCACCAUGAAGGAUUGGUGGGGGAGAAGGCACGAGCCCUUGUCAAUAAAUGGAAGGUGAUGGUGAAAGCUGAAGAAGAUGAAGGUGAAGAUGAGGAAUUUGAGGAAGAGGAAACAGAGGAAGAGGAGGAGGAAGAGAAAGAGAGAGCAAAGCCUGUUGCACCACAGAGGAAUAAGGAAAGGCAUGAGGCAGAGGACCGGGACAGUGAAGGAGGUGAAGAAGACGACGAGGAAGAUGACCGAUUACAGAUAGAAGAAGAUGCAAAUGAAACGGUGGAAUAUGAGGAUGAGGGCGAUGGUUACAAAUAUAUUCCAGAGCCUCUUAUGGGGAGCAAAAUCGGGAGUGGGUAUGGAGACCAUUCACUGGACUCGGAUGAUGAAAAUAUGGACUCUUACAAUCCAGUCACAUCACAGAGAGAUUAUCAGAUGAAUUCAGGCAGUCCAGCCAUUGCAGUAGAGUAUCAUCCCUCUGGUUCUAGGAUGGAUAGCCCUGCGGCCAUCUCAAGUCCAAGCUGGAAGGAUGGAUCACCAAGUGGGUCCUUUGACAGAAAGAAUGGAAGCAGUAGUAAAUCUUCUCCCAAAAAGAGUAUUAAAGAAGACAAAGAGAGAUACAGAGAAAAGGAGAGACACAAAGACAGAGAGAAGAACAAGCAUAAAGAAUCCUCUGGCAGUCAUAAAGAACAUAAACAUAAAGAAAAGCAUAAACAUAGAGACCGAGAGGAGAGAAAAGCAGAGAAAGAAAAAAUAAAGUCUCACAAGGAUAAACACAGAGAUAAAGACAGACACAAUAGUGACAAGACACCAGACAAUAAACAUAACCAGGAAGAAUACAGUGAGAAGUCAAGAUCAGAGAAGGAUUUAGAGGGUGGUAUUGUUAAUGGCUUCAGUACUCCAGAGGUAGAAAGAUCUGUUGAAGGAAGGCAAGAAUCUAGGGACAGUGAUAAAAGGGAUGAUGAAAAACGAAAAGACAAAAGUCACAGGAAGGAAAAUAGUUCAGGUAGAGAUAGUUUACUUAAAGAAAACAGAAUAAAGGAAAGUAGUAGAGAGAGAGAAAGCAGUAGAGAAAAUGAAAACAAAGUGAGAGAAAAAGAAAAGAGGAAGGAGGAAAAACACAGGGAUAAGAACAAAGACAGUAGUGCAUGUGGUAGUAGUAAAAAAGACAAACAUAAGAAAGAUCUAGAUCCAAGGAAGAAUCAAAGAGAACUAGAGGAUUCAGAGAGUGAUAAAAAGAAAAAGAAGAAAAGUGAUGGAGAUGAAGGAGCAGCCUUUGGUGCAGCAUUGAUGGGUCUUGACUCUCCUGUGAAGAGGAAAAAAAAGAAAAAGAAAAAGAGUCUAGAGAAAGAACGGGAUAGUUCAGAUGAUGAACAACCAUCAACCAGUCACUCAUCCAACAAGAGGAUACAUUCAGAUGGAGGAGGACUACCGGAUCCUAAAAAGCCGAGGCUACUAAUACAGUCACCACAGAAGAUACCAACCUUACCCUCCUUAGGACCUUUAAUACCAGAUGAAGCUCCUCUUCUUCCUGAAAUAAACCCCAACUACAAACCCUUACCUCGAGUCCCAAUACGGGAUGAACCAUCUGACUGUAUCACUUCUAAGAUGACAGAAGAAGAGGCUUUGAAUAUUAUGCUUCAGUCAAAAAGUAACAGACGUAGCAAAGUGUACUCAGGCAAGGUGUCUGGCUUAUCUUAUGUGCCGACACUAUAUGAGGUGUGCAUUAGAGUUCUGCAAGAAAAUAUUGAUGCAUUGGAGUUCACUGGAGGAAUUCCCUUUGAAAUCCUUCGGCCUGUCCUAGAACGAGCAUCACCACAGCAGUUACUUAACCUAGAAGAUUACAACCACUAUCUUCUGCAAGACACUAAUGUACUAUGGGAGAUACACUGCAGGAGGGACUUCAGAAACAAGAAAUUAGAGGAGAUGGAAACAUGGCGAGAAAUGUGGAUACGCUGCUUUGAAGAAAGGGAACGAAAGCUGAAGAGUCUGACUCAAAAUCUGCAGCAGAGGAUUUCAACAGCUGUACCAAAGCGAACAACUAAGUUAGCCUUUGUUGAUACAGCCGCCAAAGUACCAAAAAGUGUUGCCCGUGCUCAGGCAAAGUAUGGAACAGCAGCUCCCUCUGCAACUGCAGCGAAACCAGGGAAGGCUAAUGAAGUUGCAGCACGAAAGACAGCUAUGCAAAAUGUCCAGCGUGCAGAGAGAGUGGCUGGUAAUCCUCGACCAGUCUCAGCCAAGAACAAGAAAGUGGCACCACUGAUGGCCAAGACCCGACAAUUCUUCAAGAAAGCUUUCCGCCGUUGAGAUUCCAUCUGAACUAUUAGUGAGCGUCUUCAGCUUUCUUGAUUCAGUCUGAAGACUUGUCAGGUAGUAUUGUUAAAUUUGGUUGUAGAGUUCAAACCCAAGUUACACCUGUGGUCACCUCUAGUAUUAUAUAUUUGACAAAAGGAAAAAUAAGACCUAGUAAUAGAUAGAUUUCCUCUGUGAAGGUGAAUGAAGGACAACUAGAAGCCUUUGUUUUAAAGAAUUAAUAAUAUAAUUUUGUAUCCAAACACCCCAAAAAUAGUGACAUAAUUGUUUAAAUGUAUAGACAUUUGUUUGUUAUUGAUACUUACCUUUGACAUUAAAUUAAAGUUGAACAUUUAUAUAUAUGUAGACUAUACAUAGCAAAAUACAGUACACAAGUACAUCAUGCUUAAUGGUGCAUGUAUAGACAGACAUAUUCAGUUAUAUACCAGGUAUACAUGCAUACAUGUAAAAAUUUUAUACAGAUAGCCAAACAUGGAUAGUUAUGUACAUAUACAAAACUAUAUAAAUAAAUGCAUGCAAAGAUUUUUAUACACAGGCGACAAAUCUUCCUUGUGAAUAAAUAAAACAUAUACAUUGAUAUAUAAGUACAUGAGUACAGUAUAUGGAUUUGCAUCCAGCAAUUCCUAUUUUUUCUUACCAAACAAGAUAAAUAUGUGCAUUUGCUGAAUUUUAUACAUGCACAGCUGCUGCAUACACCUUGGGGGGGAGGGGGGGUUGUUUACAGCUACAUGGAUGGUGUGAGGUUUUGCUUGAAUAUUCCCAUCAGAAGUUGACUUUCUCUGCUGAAAUAUCAUACUCGGGGAAUCUUUUUAAAAGCUUUAGCAGUUUCUUAUUUUGCUACAUUAGACUUUGUGAACCAUGUUAAUAAAAUAGUGAAGUUUUAUACAUAAAAAGAGAUGCUAAUUUUGACAAGUCAUAGAUAGAAAAAUUUUGCUGUACCAGUAAAUUAGGAGGAUCAGUGUGUUCAAGAAGGGGAUUGAUGUGUUUAUUAUUAAUUAUUGGGCCUCACCAGGGUUAAGAAAGCUUGGUUUACACUUACUGAUUUUUUAAUUUGCAUUAUAGAUGUAUGUCAGUGUCUGUUGUCUGUUAUUUGUUUGUUCACUUGGUUUUUGUGCAUUACAAUGAACUUUAUUUUUUGUGUGACAAAUUCUUCUCAAGUUUUUGCAGAAUAAUGGUCCUAGGAAAAUGCAGGCCGGGUUUCAUAUUGAUAGUAAUUCAAAUUUUCAUGACUUGGGUUACAAAAAAAUCAUGACUGCGUGUACAGUAUAGAUAAUGAUCCAGUAGGCACAGCAAAUUUGUCAAAACGUGUGAUCAUCGCGCCCAUUCACUCCUUGUGUUUUACAAAUAUUUAGGUCAUGGGAUCGGAUGCUUCUAUUGAAUGGGCAGCCUUCAUGAAGCUUUGUAAGAUCUGAAGCCAUUUGUGAGAUAGGAGACUUUAUAGGAUAUGAGGCCUUUGUGGUGCAGUACUGAGAACCUUUAAGGAAUAAAAGACCGUACGUAUUAGAAUAGGAAACCUUCUUGCACAGGAUGCUCUUGUGAGGUCGGAGACUUGUGAAAUAAAGACCUUUGUGGGAGAAAAGAUUUUUGUAGGAUAUGUGGCCUUUGUGGGAUUGGAGGCCUUUGUGCAAAUCAAAUAAUUUGUGGUUCGGGACUUCGACUUGCAAUCAAUGUGACUUAGGAAUCAACCAACCACAGCACUUUUUUAAAUUUAAAUUUCCUUGCUUUCAUUUAUUUUGUCCAAAUUUCUUUUGAGAAGAUUCCAUUAGAACUAACAUGACUUCUACCUAUUUUUAAAUUUUUUUCUUUGGUUGAUAUUAUUUUCUAGUUUAACACACUCCAACUAGGUGGCCUUUGUUUCUGUGCUAGCCAGUUUUUGGGUGCUUGACCAUCACGCUCAGAGCCGUAAAUAGAGAGAAUUCGGUCAACUCUGUGACAUGUGGGUGCCUUGUUACUCGGCUGUUGAAGAAGUUUGCACUUGUACUGAAGAGGAGGAUGAUGAUGUUUUUUCAGUAAAAUUUUCAUACUUGUUUACAAUUGGAUAAGCAUGCUUUUAAACUUUGUGGGAGACAGCCCGAGAAGACUUCCCACCCACUGAGUAACAACAUGGCGCCUGGUUGGCUGAACUCUAUCUACGGUUCUGAUCAUGCUGUUUCUCCAAUGACAUCUUCUAAUCUCAAUUCUUCCUCAUCACAACUGUCACCUCAACAAAGUGAGAUUAAAAGCAAAGGAUAACCUCUAGAGGUAGGAGGUCUAGUUAGAGACAAGCUAUUUAGUCACUACCACUUGUGCCAUUGCUGUGGGCAAUGGCCAAUCCACCAACUUGGUUUUUGUUGGUGGAGAUUAGUAUGGAUGGUCUCUACUGAAUACCUUUAGUGUUUAUAUUAUUCUUUGCAUCAUUAGUAGCAUAAUAUUUAAUCUUAUGUUGUAUAAAGAUAUUCCUUUGUACCAAGUGGCAUCAUUUUGGGUCCCUCAUUUUCUUUGUUGAGGAAACAUGUUGAUUCUUAGUGGUGUUGGAUUAUAAUAUCUGUACUGAGCUGAAAACUUUUUACUGUACACCACGAUUUUAUUUGGUGACAAAUCCCAACUUAGGUAGAGUCCCUCACCUUCACAAGGCAGUAAUCAAGCCUGUGCAGGCUAUAAAGAAUAUCACCCCACCAACCCUGCUUGGUUAUGAGCUUCAACCUUCAUUUUGUGGGCUGUGGAAUCCAGAGCACUAAAAGAAGAGCUUAUGGCGUUCCCAUCACUGAGGUAAUACAGGGGCACAGUGUCACCAUUUAAUUUUAAUACUGCAUAAUAACAGUAAAGUUGUGUUGUGUUUAGUAAUAUCAAGGUAAAUCAAAAUAAGGUUCAAUGUAAUCACUGAAUACUACUGGUGCCUAGUGGUAUCAGUGAUGCAAUGACAUCACUAUGAGUUGUACAUUAUUGUACAUCACUGGUUCAUAAUAUUUUGUGAUAUCACCUUAAAUCACUUCUUUAGUCGAGAUAUUAUAUUGAUUCAGUAAAUGGAAGUACAAUGCUCUGAUGCAUUCUAAUAUGACACUUAUCAGAAUCAUAUUUAAUCAAAAUGAUGAACAGUGACAUGCUUUUUUAUGCCCUGCCAUUUUCAAUGAAUGACUUCUAGUGUUACAGUACUCCGGUCUGUCAGUCCGUCCGUAUGGAUGCUUCCAUUCAGUAGUUGGAAAAAAACUUGAGUGAUCAGUAUAAAAUUUGGUAUACAGCUUUGUUUUUAAUAUCAUAUGAGAGUUUGAUUGCCAUCUUUUCUCAUAAAUAAUUGUGACUUGUGGUCCUUGUUCAAAUUAGAAAUAUUAGUAAGAGCAUACAUUACCUUCAGUGUUGUCCAUUUUAUUGUAUUUAUCUAUAAUUUCAAGGGCAAUGCUGAAUAUUGAUUUUUCAUCUUAACGCAUUAGUCAUUAUGUCAAUGCAAAUUGACAUAAUGAAGUCAUGAUAGUACAUAAAAUAAGUAUUGUUGAAUAAUAUUUGAGUCAUUAGCUGGGUAAUUUAGCCAUUUGGGCACUCUAUCUAGUGUUAGUACAGGAGGAAACCGGAUACCGAAAAACCUGUUAUGUUUGAUAGUGUCACACUGUAUAACACACUUCUCACGUGUGUCCGGGACCAGGCUCUAACCCUUAACAUGUUGUUGAGAGUUGCACGCGUUCCUGCUGUACCACCAACACCAAUACUGACAUCACUUGGAUUGUGACUAAUAGAAACUUGCAUGAAAUUUAUCUUAACUCUGAGAACAUUAUUGAAUAUUAGAAGCAUUACUGAAUGUGCUUCCUAUUACAGUAGUGAAGAAGAUCUGAGACAGAACAAACCAUCAUUAUUGAUACAGUACUGUACAUAACUUUCUUGGUUUUCCUGCUUUGGAUGGAAUGAAAAAUGCUUAUUUGGCAAUAUUAUAUCAGCGAAGGAGAGGGGACAACUGAGAAGGAGGUACAAGAUUGAUUGAUUGAUUAAUUGGGUAAAAUAUCUAGCGUUGCAGCUUGUGGCUAUUUGAUGCCGAAAAUGAAACUCAUAAUUUAAAGGAGGCACAAGAAGUGAGUGAGUGAAGUGUGUGAAUUAAAGAAACAUAAAGUCAAGUAGUUUAAGGGUAUGGUACAGUAGUUAGUGAAUAAACAAAGGUGUGUAAAAGGGGUCUGGUUUUCUUUUGAUUCCAGCCACCCUGCAGCAUAGAGGGAAAAGGCUUACAACAAUUUUUAAAAAGAUGUCAAAACUAGAGGUGACAUGCAGAAUGCAAGGAGACCUUUUUAUUAUUUUUACCUGUACUGUAUUACUAUUAUUAUUAUUAAGACUUUGUGCUUUACUGAUGACCUAAAGGCCCCUUGAUUAUGAGAAGAUGGCCAGUGGCAGAAAUGUUGCCAGCUGUAGAGGGGGUCAAGGUGGUAUACUGUAGUGUAGCUAUUGAUGAUAAUAAUGAGACACUCAAAUUGCCACUGCCAUCUCAAACCUAGUCAUGGCAUAGGAGUGAACUCUAAUUGCUUUGAUUAAAAAAGAAAGUUGUCUUGGUGUUCUGAUAUACAGUAAUAGUGUGGGUAGUUUUCAAUUAAUGACAACUCAUAACUGCAGGGUAGUUUGCAGUCCAGAGGUCUUGUUUAUUUAAUUUUUUUGUGUAAGGCAUGUGCUGAUUAUUAUUAUUUAUUUUUUUGCCAUUUUACAGUAUAUAAAAGAUGUUUAUUUUUAAUAUUGAAAUUAAUUAAAAUUAUAGAUUACAGGAAUUCAAUAUCUGAAGUGUGAUGAUAAUUUAUUUGAAUAUAGUGAAGAUUUUUAUAAGUAUCAGCCAAAGAUUCUAGGGCUUCUAUGUUUUUUUUUUUUUAUGAAUAAAACUUAAACCUGAACUGUAUGUUUCAGGAGUGCUCACGUGGCCAGCACACUGAUGCUAUGUAUAUGAGGUUCAUGGUUCCAACCCCUUCUAAUAUUUGUAUAUAGAAUGAUAAGUUAUGAUAAUUCAAAAGUGGUUGGUAACUCCCCCAAUCUUCCUAGUUUGUAUUUACACCAUCCUUCUUGUCUAAAGGGUCUAUGUGUAUGUGACAUUCAGUGCACUGGGAUUUUUUUUUUUCUGUUCAUUUAAAAUAUUUCUCCUCGUUAUAUUCAUCCCUGUUCAUUUUCAUAUAGGACCUUGUUAACAUUUAUCUUUACAUUAAAAAGCAUGUUUUAAUAUAUUUGAUAAAUAUUUCCUUAAGAGUACAAAAAGAAUGUUCCAGAUUUUGUUUUGGGUUGUGUCAGAAUUUGCUAUAAGAGUCAUGGUUAUAAUUUUAUUUAAAGUUUUAUGUUUAUUAUCACUUUUUUUUUGACUGGAAGGACAAGACUAACAAAAUCACUUCGUCAGUCUGGAUAUUUGUGUUUUAUUUUUGUUGUUUAAUAUAUUUUUGCAAGCAUGAGAAAUCUAUUUUUUUAAUUUCAGGUUAAUAGAAAGUUGGCAAAAAUGUACUAGAUAAGAACUCAGGUAGGAAUGUAUCUGUAUGAUCAUUGAACUGGUGUGGGCCUUUUGGAGUGACCACAACAAUGAAUAACUGACUUUUUAUAUUCAGAUUUGAGGGGCAUAUUGAAACAUGAAAAUAAUUUUUAUCAUUAGUUAUUAUUAUUAUUAUCAAUAUUAUUAUUAUUAUUAUUAUUAUUAUUAUUAUUAUUAUUAUUAUUAUAAUAGUUUUAACAUCACCAUCACCAUUAUCAUUUUCAUAUCUAUUAUUAACUUGCAUGCAAUUAUUGAUAUCCUCAUUUUCAUCAUUCACCUGCUUCUCCACUGAUGGCGCUGUAUUCCUUACUUCCUAUUACAAGAUAAGCCCAGCUCCUCUUGCUGUAACAUGAUGCACUGUUAUCAUGGCUGCAGUCACUCUUACAUCCUGAUAGGAUCUUAAUUUAUAACUAAUGUAGUUUUAAAGUUUGUAGGAGGAGCAGUGAGUAAUGUGAGCAGUGCUGAAAUCUGUGAUUAGUCUUUUGCUGGUCCAAGAGGAUGGUGUAAGGUACCCAUCAGAGGUUUUUAGAAAUACGUACUGUAAUAUGAAAAUGGGGUUCUUGUAUAUAUAUUGUACUUAGGUCAGGUGUUGUCCAAAUGCUGGCGGGGAUAGUUUAAAAAUUUUGCCCAAGUAUUUGUUUCAACAGUUGUUGAUCCCAACUUUGUCUGUCCAUAAGAUCUCUGGGUCAUCCCAUUUUUGUUGGUUUGUGAGAUCUUAGGAUCGUUCCAGUAUUGUUAUUCUGCAAGAUCUUGAGAUCAUCUCAUCUUUGUCAGUCCACAGUCCAUAAGAUCUCAAGAUCAUCCCAUAUUUGUUGGUUUGUAAAAUCAUGGGAUCAUCCCAACUUUGUCAGUAUGUAAGAUCUCUAGACAUCCAGGACUAUAUGUAAAAGUUUGUUCUGUUCUUCUGGUUGUAUAUCAAAAGUUACCAAAAUUUAACUUUUUCAGCUCAUGAAUUGACAAUAUUCUAUGUGAAAGAAAACUAUUUCUAGAGUGUUUGGAUGGAAUAAAGAAUUCUGCUA